CACGAACACAAAACAUAAACAAACAAAAAAGUGACGCAAAACCUCCCUCUCUCCCUCUCUCCCUCUCCCUCUCUCUCUCUCUUUUGGUUUCUUAACCCCACACUUUUUUUGUUACCCUAGUCAUCCUCUCUCCGCACACACCACUAUUAGUAAUAUACUUUCUUCAUGCCAUUCUUUACAUCCAUCAAAGACUAUGCAAAAAGACACCGAAAAGGAUUGUUGAUUACAGCAUCUCUUGCAGGAGGAGGAUACUUGGCAGGUCGUUUUGCUGCCUCUAAGAUCAGAGACAUGCAAGAGAAAACAACUUCUGACAGAAUGGCCAGAGAAAAUCUCAAGCGCCGUUUCCAACAAAACCAAAACGAUUGUGUAUUCACUGUCAUGUCAUUGCUUCCUACCCUUGGAGAUCAGAUCUUGAAUGAAAUGAACAUUGAGGCACAAUGGGCCAAACUACAAGAAUCUCGUAAAUUGGAGCGCAGUGAAGACAAGGCACGCCUGAACAGAGACGCUGCCAAAAAUACCCAGACCGAGCAAGAGGGUGGAAUAAAACCAGAAGAGCACCCAACCGAAUCACAGGAUCUAUCGGCGUCGUCUGUCAAGAUUGAUCUGAUAAAGGUUGAAAACGCUCAAGACACCACUGGAUCACAGGCUACAUUGGAAAACUCUGUCGAUAGUCUUUCUGAGGCAGUUGAUCCAGAAGCACCAGCAGUUCCUCGAGUGGUUCCUGAAGGUGUUUUGGAUAGAAAGGCCAAGCAAUUGGUGUGGGAAGAGAUUAAACGAUCAAGUUUUACUCGUACACUGACAUCUAUUUAUUCAAUCACUCUGCUCACUAUGCUGACCCAUGUUCAGCUUAAUCUUCUGGGACGAUUUACCUACGUCUGGUCUGUUUCUGCAUUGAGUCGUAGCGAACCUAGCAUUAAAAUACAACAAGAGGAGGGUGGCGAUGCUGGAUUUUUGGAUCCUCAAACAGAGAGAAUGUUCCUCAGUGCUUCAUGGUGGUUACUUCAUCGUGGAUGGAGAAAAUGUUCUAAGCGUAUACAGGAAGCUGUGGACGAUAUUGUUGGCAGUAUACCUCUUCGAAGCACUAUUAGCUAUGAAAAAGCAGAAGAUAUUCUUUACAAACUGAGAAGAAGAAUCGAAUUUGAGGAUGAUGGAAAGACACCUUUUAGUUUCCGUUCAUGGAUGCUGCCAGACACACCAGAAGAAGAAGCUGAAUUCCUUAGAGAGACAGGAUUUUCAGAGGUUUCAGAUGAAUUUUCCACCAAUAAAUCUAGUGUGACAUUCCGACGAUUAAUAGAUGAGACCAAGGAUUUCAUUGAUAGCCCUGAUUUCUCUUCGGUGCUUACAUCUUGUUUGGAUGAGAUUUUUGGGAUAUUUGAUGCCCAGGCAUUUGGAAAAUCGCUCUUACCACAGGAUGAUUUUGAGACCGGAGAGCGGAUUCGUGAAGUGACAGAGGCUGAUCUGGUCAACAUGAAACCCAAGACAUCGACGCUUGCUAAACUGUUACCAGUAAUCAGUCGACAGGCACAUUUGGUUAUUGCAGGCAAUGAGUACUUGAAUGCAUUUGCUUAUAUUAAGGAACUUCAAGCAUUUUCUGCAAUGGUUUAUACACAAUAUGAAGAUGAAGUCGUUUGAUCUUGAUCCCUCACACAUCAAAUAUAUAUAAUGUCUUUAAAUAAUAAUCAUAAUCAUCAUAUUAAUAAUAAUAAAAUAAUAAAAAAAAAACAAAAAACAAAAAACAAAAAAC